AUCAGAAAGGGUUUCCCUACUUUUCCGGGUUUUUAUUCCCGCCUGCCUCUAACCUGUCUUCUUUUGAGGAACAGUCUCCACAUACAAUAGUUGCUAGGAUACAGGUGGUUGCUGAGGAAAUGACGUUUCAGGGAGAAAGAAGGGAGGAAGGUGGAGUGAAAUUAGAGAACGUAAGGGAGCCAGAAGCUAAAUUGCACCCCCAUGUCUUGCCACGGCGGUCUUCUCCAUCCUGCGCUGAGAGUGGGGACAGAGGAAGAAGCCUAAAAGAAAGGAGGUGUGACGGACUUUCUCAUCACUCGACGUGGAACCUCAGGGUGGAGGAGAAAGGGAUGGCAAGCUCAGAGAAAGCUUUUCUGAAGAGCCAGACUGCUGGAGAACGGGAAACAGGCAAGAAGCCGGACCGGAGAACCCCUAUCUGUGACAAAAACAUCCAAGAUGCUUCCCUUGGGGAUGAAAAGAAGGAUCUUGGAGACAAGGUAAAAGAGAAUCAACCGCUUCCCAUCCAGUCCCAGACAGGUGUACGCUGGCCUUGUCCAGAGGGCACCUUUGUCAAGCUGAUCCUCAAGGCCGGGACAGGUUUAGAUAAACCGAAGGAAGGGUCCUUCUGCCAAGUCUUCAUCGAGGCCAGUCAUGAAGGGCCCUUGAGCUACCCGUCCUCCAGGUGGGCCGAAGUGGAGCUGGGCGGGGGCGACGCUGAAUGGGACGGUGUGGUGGACCGUGGUUUGGAAACCAUGCUGGCAGGGGAGCGGGCUGAGCUGAGGUUGUCAGAGGGCGGCACCAUCACUGUCCAGUUGGCGAGCUUCACGGAGGCCAAAGACUCCUGGGAGAUGAGCGCAAGCGAGAAGUGGGACUUGGUCCUCAGCAAUAAAGAGCGCGGCAGUGAGCUUUACAGGGCGGGAGCCAUUGCCGCGGCUGCCAGGCGCUACGCUCGGGCCUUACGCUUGCUCGUGGUGGCUGCUCCUCCCCCGGAUUAUGACCAGAUCAAGGCCGAGCUUCACACCAACUUGGCUGCCUGUCAGCUACGGUUGCACCAGCCGGCCAACGCCGCUCAAAACUGCUCCAAGACUCUUGUGCUCCAGCCGGCCAACCCCAAGGCUUUGUUUCGACGCGGCUUGGCCUACGAUGCAAUGAACGACUUGGAGGGGGCAGCGCAAGACCUCAAAGGAGUUUUGCAAGUAGAGCCAGGAAACCGAGCAGCUCGCCGGGAAUUAGACAGGGUUACCGAGAGGAUCCGGGCCCGGGAUGCUAGACUGGCUCAAGCCAUGCAGAAAAUGUUUGCUUGAAUAAAACCAUUUUGACCAUGUCAACAUCAAGGGGGGGCGGGUUGCAUUUUCAUUGUGAUUAGGUGAGCAACAGGAAAGAGGAGCUGGUGCUUGACACCAUGAGCCGUGAGGGUACAGUGGUUGGAAAUGCAAUAUUGCAGGCUAACUCUGCCGACU